GUUGUGUCUACGAGCAGCCCGGAUUUGGUUGCGAUAGUACUCAAGUAUUAACCUCUCGCUCGCAAGUGCGCCUUGUGUAGCUGGUUGUUACAGACGACAUGUCGUCGGCAGCAACCCAAGUCGAUGUCCUGGACGACAUCUUCAAGAGAUUGAGAAACAAGGAGCACGAGGUCCGGGUGAAGGCUGCAAGCGACUUGCAACGCUAUGCGUCGAGCUCGUCCCUGGAUCCAUCUGCAGACGGAAUCACCAAACGAUGGGAUGAACAAAUCUCUCGGAAGCUGUUUGACUUGGUGCAUAGUCCGGGAGUCUCAGAGAAGCUAGGAGGCAUAUUGGCCAUCGACUACCUACUGAACGCGGACGGCGAGGGCGCCAUCGAGGCAAGACGAAACCUGUUUCGAUUCUACAACUAUGUCAAGACGCUGCUUCCGUUCUCCGACAUCAAUGUCAUGCUUGCGGCCUCGAAGACGCUUGGGCAAAUUGCAGCCCUGGGCGGCUCCCAGUUCGGCGACCACUGGCUUGACUAUGAGGUGCAAUCUGCCAUCACACUAUUGCAGGCCGACCGACAGCAAGAGACGGGGCGUUAUGCCGGCGUGUUGAUUCUGAAGGAGUUGGCUCGCAAUACCCCGACAUUCUUCCAUGCACAUAUUGGACUUGUAUUCGAGAAGAUCCUGGUGGCGUUGCGGGACACACGUCUGAUUGUCAGGGAGAGCGCGGCAGAGCUGCUCGCGGCAUGUCUCGAGAUCAUCACUCAGCGUGAACGGCAGGCACACAGCCCAGCGCUGAUGAAGAUUCUGCAAGAUGCACAAUUAGGCUUGAAGAUGGCGCAGCCGGAGAUUAUUCAUGGCUCCCUGUUGACGUAUCGAGAGUUGCUUCUGCAUGGCGGGAUGUUCAUGAAGGAACAUUUCCUCGAUGCAGCGGCACAGAUUAUGUUUUUCAAGACUCACCGUGAUGCUCUCGUCCGCAAGAUGGUGAUCACUUUGAUUCCUAGUCUCGCGCUCUACGACACGCAGAGCUUCUGCGAGCAUCAUUUGUACCAGGCAAUGGGACAUUUGCUGACUCAGCUCGACAAACCAAACGAGAGAUCAGUCGCUUUUAUCGCCAUCGGGCACGUCGCGCGAGCUGUAGGCAGUGAGAUGAAGCCAUUCCUUGAGCCCAUCAUGGGCCACAUCAAGCAAGGGUUGCAGAUGAGAGGCAAGAAGAACGCUCCUUCGGAAGAGCCCAUCUUCCAAUGUGUCGGGAUGCUGGCGUCUGCUGUGGGGCCCAAUCUGACAAAAUUGCUACACGAUCAAUUGGACCUCAUGUUUGCGUGCGGACUGAGCGAGCCAUUGAGACAGGCGCUGACCGCUAUUGCUACACAUAUCCCGCCACUCCUCAAGACGAUCCAAGAUCGUCUCCUUGAUCUGCUCUCAAUGAUCCUGAGCGGACGCCACUACAAGCCGCUUGGUUCCCCACCGUUCCAUGACGACAACUCCACUCCAGAGCCCGUCCCGAAGAAUUGGGAUCUGAUCACGCUUGCGCUGAUCACUUUGCGAGAUUUCGACUUCAGUGGACACGUACUUAAUGAGUUUGUUCGGGACUGUGCCCUUCCAUACCUUGAGGAGGAUACGGCCGAAGUGCGACGCGCUGCAGCGGAAACGUGCUGCCGGCUCUUCGUUCGCGAUCCUAUCGUGUAUCAAGCGAGCAACCACUCCAUUGAAAUCAUCAGCGAUGUCAUCGACAAGCUGCUCACGGUGGGAAUUGCUGAUUCAGAUCCUAGUAUCAGGCUUACUGUCUUGUCGUCCUUGCAUGAGCGCUUUGACAAGCACCUCGCACAGGCUGAGAACGUCCGCGCCCUAUUCAUUGCGGUGAAUGACGAGAACUUCGAAAUUCGCAUCGCUGCUGUUGGCUUGAUUGGGCGACUUGCUUUGCACAACCCUGCCUAUGUGAUGCCUUCACUGAGGAAGACGUUGAUUCAGCUUCUGACCGAAUUGGAGUACUCGACUGUGCCACGGAGCCGCGAAGAGUGCACCCGUCUAUUGACUCUCCUCGUCAGCUCAACCCAACGUCUCAUCAAGCCGUACGCUAUUCCUAUGCUCCGCGUUCUCCUACCAAAGGCCAAUGACAACAAUCCGACGGUAGCGGCAAACAUACUGAUGUGCCUCGGCGAGCUGACUAGAGUCGGUGGAGAGGAAGUGCUUCCGCAUGUUCCGGAAUUGAUGCAAGUAAUCAUGUCGAAGCUUGCGGAUGCAUCGCUCCCAAAGAGAGAUGCAGCUCUACACACGCUAGGACAAGUCUGCUCAAGCACCGGCUACGUCGUGACACCUCUCGUGGAGUACCCUCAAUUGCUACAGAUUUUGAGCAGGAUAUUACGUACAGAGUCAAAGCAGUCCAUUCGCAGGGAAGUCAUCAAAGUCCUUGGUAUCCUUGGUGCACUCGACCCUUACAGGCGGAAGACAAGGCCGGAGGACGAUGGUAUGAAUGAACUAGCCGCGACCCCUGUGUCGACUGUCUCAAGAACUUAUCCCGGCGGCAGUACUAUCACCGACGACUACUAUCAGACUGUUGCCAUCAGCGCGUUACUGGAUAUUCUGAAGGACCAGCAAGCAAGCGACCGUCACUACAACGUUAUCGAAGCGAUCAUGUCGAUAUUCAAAACCCAAGGUUUGAAGUGUGUCUCGUUCUUGCCGCAGAUUAUUCCUGCCUUCGCAACUGUGGCGCGUACUUCAACUUCCGUGUUCCAGAGGUUCCAUCUUGAGCAACUUGCCAUUCUGGUUGGAAUUAUCAAACAACACGUCCGCAAUUUCAUGAUGGUGCUGAUCGCGCUUGUAACUGAUCUGUGGGACAAUCCGUCCCUGCACUUGCCCUUGGUAUCUCUCAUCGAAGCACUUGGAAAGGCCCUUGAUGCCGAGUUCAAACCUUUUUUGCCGACCAUCUUGCCUCUGUUAAUUAGAACAUUCGACAACGAACAGAUUAGCGACAAGAUCGCAGGUACUCGGAUCAAAAUUCUUGAUGCAUUCUUAACAUUCGGGGCGAAUAUCGAGGAGUACUUGCAAUUAGUCAUCCCGAUCAUCAUGAGGACAAUCGAAACUGAGCCACAGAACCUGGAACAAGACGCCGCGAAGUAUAUGAAUGCUCUUCGCAAGAGAGCCAUCCAAACGAUCGAAGGGUUGUCGCGUAGGGUCAACUUCUCUGAUCAUGCGUCUCGUAUCAUCCAUCCCCUUGCUCGCGUCUUGAAGCGUAACGGCAACGAGCUUAAAAUGGCGAUUAUGGAUACGUUAUGUUCUCUUGUCAUUCAACUUGGUUCCGAUUUUGCCGUGUUCGUACCAGCCUUGAGCAAGAUCCUGAUACAAGAACACAUUACACAUCCCAAGUACGAAAAUCUGAUAUCCAAGCUGUUAAAUGGUGAGCGAUUGCCUCAGGAGGUUGGCAUUACAGAGCUUCCUGAGAGUGCAAAAAGUGCCGAGUUCUCCGCUCCUGCAGAGGCAACUAAGAUGGCGGUCAAUCAGCAACAUCUCAAGCAAGCCUGGGAUGUAUCUCAAGUGUCCGCGAAGGAGGAUUGGAUCGAGUGGAUGCAUAGAAUAUCUGUAGAGUUCAUGAAGGAGUCGCCAUCUCAUGCACUGCGAGCGUGUAUGAGCCUGGUUGAUGUUCAUCCCCCUCUUGCAAGGGAGUUGUUCAACGCUGCCUUCAUUUCGUGCUGGGGAGAACUGUAUGAUCAAUAUCAGGAAGAUCUUGUUCGGUCUAUCGAAUGCGCAAUCACUUCUACUAUUGCUCCUUCUGAGGUGGUUCAUCGCCUCCUGAAUCUCGCAGAGUUCAUGGAGCACGAAGAGAAAGCAUUGCCUAUUGAGAAUCGAAUCCUUGGAGAAUACGCAAUGAAGUUCCAUGCCUAUGCGAAGGCCCUUCACUACAAAGAACUCGAGUUCUUCACAGAGACGUCUCCAACCAUAAUCGAGUCUUUGUUGAGCAUCAACUCCAAGUUACAACAGCACGACGCUGCAUGGGGGACGCUCCUGAUUGCUCGCGAGCAAUACGAUGUCACCAAACAUGAGGAGUGGUACGAGCGGCUGGGUCGCUGGCAGCAAGCUCUCGACACCUACCAGAAGAAGGCUCUGGUGGACCCGGACAAUCUGGAUGUCGCCAUGGGGAGAAUGCGUUGUCUCCAUGCGCUUGGGGAAUGGAGCGAUCUGGCAGCUCUAGUGGAAGAGAAUUGGGCGAAGGCUAAUCAUGAAGACCGCAGAGAAAUAGCUCCAAUGGCUGCUGCCGCUGCAUGGUCCUUGAACGAUUGGGACUCAAUGGAGGAUUAUAUUGCAACAAUGAAACCAGAUUCUGCGGACCGUCCUUUCUAUCGAGCUAUUCUUUCUGUCCACCAGAACCAGUUUCCGAAGGCAAUGGCUCACAUAGCGAAGGCUCGAGACCAGCUAGAUCCCGAACUAACAUCACUGGUUGGUGAAAGCUAUGGCCGGUCCUAUAACACGAUGGUCAGAGCUCAGAUGCUGUCCGAAUUGGAGGAAAUCAUAUCCUACAAGCAAUUUGCGGAUCAACCGGAGCGACAGCAGUCCAUGCGCAAAACUUGGAUGAAGAGAUUGCAGGGUUGUCAACCUGACGUCGAGGUUUGGCAGCGAAUUCUUCAAGUGCGAGCGCUUGUGGUCAAUCCAGAGGAUGAUCCGACGAUGUGGAUCAAGUUCGCCAACCUCUGUCGCAAGUCAGAUAGAAUAUUCCUCGCUGAGAAGACAAUCAAUUCUCUCAUAUCGCCAGAGAGGACAUACCGGGACAGUUUGAAGGCACCACAUCCGGUCGUAUACGCUCAACUCAAGUCUGCCUGGGCAACGGGUGCUCGAGAAGAAAGCCUGAGCUAUUUGCGCCAGUUCACUGCGAACUUGCAAAGAAGUUAUCAAGCGGAGGAAGCGGCCAUCAAGGCGCAACCCGAGUUUUCUAGGCCGAAGUCCAAUCAGAAGCUGGAGGACCUCUCUCGACAGUUGGCACGAUGCUACUUCAAGCAAGCUGAGUGGCAAGCUGCUCUGAAGGAUGAAUGGGGCUCGCGGAAUAUCAAGGAUAUUUUGCACUCAUAUUUCCUUGCCACUCAUUACGAUCGGAAUUGGUACAAGGCGUGGCACACAUGGGCUCUGGCAAAUUUUGAGGUGGUUGGCUUCAUGGAGAGUCAGACUCAGAAUAAAAUUACCGAGGUCCCGCGAGAUGACUUGGCCGUACACAUAGUUCAGGCUGUCAACGGAUUUUUCCAGUCAAUCUCGUUGAAAAACGAGAACGCCCUGCAAGAUACACUGCGCUUGUUGACGCUUUGGUUCAAAUACGGCGGGCAUGAGGACGUGAGCCAUGCAAUGAGUGACGGUUUCACCAAGGUCGAAGUGGAUACGUGGUUGGAGGUGAUCCCGCAGAUAAUUGCUCGCAUCCAAACACCGAAUGAGAACAUCCGUCGUAAUAUUAGCAACCUCCUCAGCGAUGUCGGGAAGCAUCAUCCACAAGCACUCGUCUACCCUCUCACUGUGGCCUCGAAAUCUUCGAGCGAUGCGCGCAAAACCGCUGCUAUGGCGAUCAUGGAUCGCAUGAGAGAGCACUCCAAGACGAUCGUGGAGCAGGCCUUGCUUGUCAGCCAUGAGCUCAUCAGAGUCGCUAUUUUGUGGCAUGAGAUGUGGCAUGAAGGCUUAGAGGAAGCUUCGCGUCUCUAUUUCACGGACAAGGACCCUGAAGGGAUGAUUGUGUAUCUGGAACCUCUGCAUGAAAUGCUCGAAGCUGGCCCUAAAACUGCUCGGGAGACAUCCUUCGCACAAGUAUUCGGUAGGGACCUGCACGAGGCGCGCGAAGCCUGUAGACGCUGGAGGGUAUAUGGCGAGCAGAGAGAUUUAGACAGAGCAUGGGAGAUCUACUAUGGAGUCUUCAAGAAGAUUGAAAAACAGUUGCCUCAGCUAACAACAUUGGAUCUGCAGUUUGUCUCGCCAGAGUUGCUUAAAGCUCGGAGUCUCGAGUUGGCAGUACCAGGAACAUAUCAGAGUGGACGCCCUGUCAUUACGAUUGUCAGCUUUGCGACGAAACUAUCUGUGAUUCAGUCCAAGCAACGACCUCGCCGUCUGUCUUUGAGAGGCAGCGACGGCAAAGACUACCAGUAUGUUCUGAAAGGCCAUGAAGACUUACGCCAGGAUGAGCGCGUGAUGCAGUUGUUCAGUCUCGUCAACAACCUCCUUUCAGUUGAUACAGACUGCUUCAAGCGCCGUUUGCAUAUCCAGCGCUACCCUGUCAUUCCGUUGGCGCCAAACGCUGGUUUGCUCGGCUGGGUGCAAGACAGUGAUACGCUUCAUGUGCUUGUUCGAGACUACCGCGAAUCUCGCAAGAUACUCUUAAACAUCGAGUAUCGUCUCAUGCUUCAGAUGGCACCUGACUACGAGAACCUCAUCCUUCUCCAGAAGAUAGAGGUCUUCGAAUACGCGCUUGAGAACACGACAGGACAGGAUCUCUACCGAGUGCUCUGGCUGAAAAGUAUCAGCUCGGAACAUUGGCUGGAGCGUCGAGCCACGUACACCCGCUCUCUAGCAGUCAACAGUAUGGUGGGCCACAUCCUGGGUCUGGGCGAUCGUCAUCCAUCAAACUUGAUGUUGAAGCGCAACACGGGUAAGGUAGUGCAUAUUGACUUCGGAGACUGUUUCGAAGUAGCAAUGCACCGCGAAAAAUUCCCGGAGAAAAUUCCGUUCAGACUGACAAGGAUGUUGACGCACGCAAUGGAGGUAAGCGGCAUUGAAGGGAGCUUCAGGAAUACCUGCGAGAUCAGCAUGAGAGUGCUGCGAGACAAUAAGGAGUCUUUGAUGGCUGUCCUGGAGGCCUUCGUAUAUGACCCGCUUAUCAACUGGAGGUUGAUGCAGACCGACGUUGACACACGACGGCCAGUGGGCCGUGUAGAAUAUACACGCGCUGCUCAAUACCCACAAGGUCCCAUCAGGAAGCUAAAAGCAGAUGAGAACGACAUUUUCAACGAGCACCAAGAGAUACGCAACGAACGUGCAUUACAAGUGUACAACCGUGUACAGAACAAGCUUACAGGUCGUGACUUCGAUCCUGAGGAGUCUCUUACGGUUGAAACGCAAGUCGAUAAGCUCAUCAUACAAGCCACCUCACUCGAAAACCUCUGUCAAUGCUUCUCAGGAUGGUGUGCGUUCUGGUGAUGUUUCUGCGGGUUGGAUCCGGAUGUAUCUAUAGAUCAUCGUGUUUCCCUAAUCUACACUAUGCACUUUGUACAUCGUCUCUGGGACUCCUCUUCGUAGAUACCUUGGAAAUACGCUGUAAUCACUUGCUUAUCUCUCGCGUGUGUCAUGAUUCGAUAGACUCUAUACACUCAAAGAUGCCGACAUCAAUGGUUCAAUGUGUUGCAAAACUGCAAAACUGCAAUAAUAAGUUGCUGUGUUCUUGAG